AUAAUCAGUCAUUCUGUCACUGUGAGACAGCUUGGUAAUCCCUCACUAUAACAGCCAAUGAAAACCCUCGUUACAAAUGAAAAUCGUUCGAUGUAAAUACAAAUGGCCACCUAGAAAAGGUAGUGGAAAGAAGCUGACGUUCAACCAGUACGGAUUAUUUAUACAGUGGAGUGGCCAAAAGUGUUACUGGCCUAAUGAACAUCGCAGCUAAAACCGAGGACGAGCAAUCAGAGCUGCUAUUUGUUAACUUCAAUCAGGAUUGCACAUCAUUGGCUAUUGGAACGAGGACCGGAUACAAGUUGUUUUCCCUUAGCUCGGUUGAUAAAUUGGAACAAAUUUAUGAAAAUGAAAAUGAAGAUAUAUGUAUAGUAGAAAGACUGUUCUCUAGUAGCUUGGUAGCAAUAGUAAGCUUGUCAUCACCACGGAAACUAAAAGUAUGUCACUUCAAAAAAGGCACAGAAAUAUGCAAUUACAGCUAUUCCAAUUCUAUACUGGCUGUAAGACUAAAUCGACAGAGACUCAUCGUUUGUCUGGAGGAGAGUUUGUACAUUCACAAUAUUCGCGACAUGAAAGUUCUUCACACAAUACGUGACACCCCCCCAAAUCGAAAUGGACUUUGUGCAUUAUCUAUAAACAAUGACAAUUGUUUCUUAGCCUACCCCGGUAGUAAUCAAAUAGGAGAAGUUCAAAUAUUUGAUACAAUGAAUCUAAGAGCAGUUAUAAUGAUACCAGCACAUGAUAAUCCGUUGGCGGCACUGGCAUUCAAUAACCAAGGCACUAAAAUAGCAACAGCGUCAGAAAAGGGUACUGUGAUACGAGUGUUCUCUGUGCCAGAAGGACAGAAGUUAUUUGAAUUUAGGAGAGGAGUGAAAAGAUGUGCAAGCAUCCAUUCAUUAGCCUUCAGCAUAGACUCCAUGUUCUUGUCAGCAUCCAGCAAUACUGAAACUGUUCAUGUCUUCAAACUUGAGAUUCCAAAAGACAGACCACAAGAAGAACCACAGACAUGGGUGGGAUACUUUGGCCAGGCUUUGAAAUCCUCCGCAACAUACUUACCAUCACAGGUCACAGAGAUGUUUAACCAGGGGCGAGCAUUCGCCACAUCCCGACUUCCAACGUCAGGGCUCCGUAAUGUGUGUGCACUGACUGUUAUACAAAAAGUACCACGCUUGUUGGUAGCUUCACAAGAUGGCUACCUCCACAUCUACAACUUGGACCCCAAUGAAGGAGGAGAAUGCAUGUUACUGCGACAACACAGGUUGGAUGGGAAGCUUGGGGAAGUUCCUGGUGAGAUGACUCCCCAUGACAAACCUCUAACCGCCGCUGGGACAAGCUACGCAUCCACAGUUCGACGACCAGACCCUAGUCCCCCGGGAACGGCUACACCCGUACCACCAGGUAAGCCCUCGGGGACCGACGCCCUCCUCCCACAAUCUCCCACCACAUACUCACCUGUGGCCCACAGCCCAAGGAGCAGCUAUGCCAACAUGGUGAAGAGGAUGGGAGGGCCACAGGAAGUUGAGGUGGGGUUGGACGAUGAGCAGGAUCCCAUGGAUCUUAUUGAUGAAAUUCUCAAUGGUGCAGAGUCACAGCCCUAUCAGGAGGUAGAACAAGGUGCUAUGGGUGGUGAUGGCUCCCCGGGUCUUGGUCAACUUCGGCUGGAUGAUGACAACGAGUUCCCACCAAUGACACAUAAGAAUGACUGAACCUGCUUCUUUGCUGGUGCACCAUUAAAACUACGAGCCACGGAAAAGGAAUCUUAGCAUAUAUUUAGUUCAGCCACUGCCAAGCUUAUGAAUGCAGAACUAAAUGAUCUCUGGUAGAAGUCAGAAACCCCAGCAUAAUUUAUACUGGUGAUUUUGUGGAGGGAAGGGGGAUAUUAACUAACUGAAAAAAAAACCAUUUAAGAGGGAAAAAAAUAUGAAAAUGGUACAAAAAAGAUUUAUUACCAGCACAUCCUUCUUUAUUAUAACAAUUUUUUAAAUCAUGAAAAUGUUCAUUUUACAACUGUACAGUGUUUAUGUGUAGAAGGAAUGGUGAUUAAUAAAUUUACUAGCUACAACAUUCCCAGCCUUGUCCAGAGGGAAGCCGGAUAAGCACUUCUUCAUCUGUUGUUGUCUUACAAUCUUUUCACAGUGUUCAACAGCAUUGAUUUUUUUUCAUAACAAUCUUCUCUCUUUAUUUGAAACGACACAGUAUCUAUAUUCAGAGAACAAGAUUGCUUGGAUGAUAUUUGGAAAGUUACAGCAAAUAUAAGGCUAUUGACAUAUCAAAUAGUAAGUUACUUUGACUGACUUAAACUGAUAGUCGCAUCUGCAAAUUUUGAAUUCAGCUGGCUUGAAAGUUCCAUCAAAAUAAGUCCAUUAGCUUUGUUGGUAUUUUUGUAUAUAAACUUAUGUCUUCUAAUUAAUUUUAUCAAAUACAUGCAUGUUAAAGUGAUUGUGGUUUAAAUAAAUUUUGUGAAAUAUGUGAAAUAGUCUAAAUGUAAAAUGCUAUAAAAAGUUAUUGUGAUUUGAGCUGAGGUCUGGCUCUCUGUCUUCCUACUUGUAAUAGUUAAGCACCACAAAUGCACCAACUAUCUGCUCUUUAAAUUAUAUCAACCAAAAAUUUCCUCAUCAAUGAUUUUAUUUGUUUCCCAUAAUGAUCACUGUACUUGUGAUAUGUGCUCGAGCUGUUUGCCCCUGCUACAAGUGUGUUAUUGUCCCCUGUGUCAAAUACUCUGCUAUGCAGCACUGUUGUUGAUAGUGUUAAUUGUAGGAAGUACUAUUUUAAUAGACAGUACUUCUAUUUUCUUAUUGAUAAAUUGUUGUACGAAAUAAGUAACCAACAUUUAUGUGUAUAUAAAAAAAAAACAAAAAAACUUAACAACAAACUUUCUGGCGCUUUCACAUCUCUUGCUACUCUUCAGGAAAGUUUAUUUUUGAAAGGACAACUUGACAUCACAAAUAACGUGACAUCACAAUGUACAUUUGUUCACAAAACAAGUUUAUAAAGUUGUGCUAUCGAUGGAAGCCAACAUACUUGCUAUUUCGUCGUCUGUAUCCAUUGUGAUAUAUAAAAACUUGUCCAUUCUAAUGUCGUCGUAACCUCCACAUGUAUUUAUAUAUAUAGGAUAUAGUCUAGUCUAGUGAUCCUCAUUCAGUUAAACAUUGAAAAAAAAAUAAUAAAAUGGUAUUAUUUUCAGAUAUGAAAUGAUAAAGAAUGUAAGAAUAUCUCCUUGAAUACAGGUAAACUCUAUAGGAUAUACAGACAGCUACAGUUGUUACAGUAGACUUAUGGGGAAGCCAAGGAACUUCAGUGGUUGAUGCUAAUGGCAAAACUUAAUGUGAUAUAUGAUGAUUUCAGUUAGAGGGAUAGAGGAAAAGUAGACAGCAUGCUUGUGCAAGGUUGGGAGGUGGAUAGGAAAACAUGCCUCAUUAUAUACCAUAGAAAUAUAAUGUUCAGGGUAAGGCUAUCUAAUUUGUAAAAUGAUUUAUAGCAUAACUUUGGAUUGGAGGUUAGUAGUCACCUUAUACCUUGUCUACUGGUAUGAAAAUCUGUUGUUUAAUGCAUCAUUUCUGACAAGUCUUCAGAACCUUUGUACUAGAUUUCCAUGUUAUUUGUGACAUAGAAAUCAUCGAGUCACUGACAAACUUAUGCUUGACGAGAAUGUAAAUAACGACAAAAAAGAGACGUAUUUUACUUAAGUAAUGACUCAACCCUGGAGAGAAACCUUGUUCAAAUGUUACCACAGAAAUGUUCAGUCUAUCAGCAAUAUUGGGUAGGAUGUGUGCCCUGUCAUUAGUAAUACAGGUAAGGAGCAUGCAGACUUCAGUAUAGAUUACGUAUGUUACAGUUAUAGGAUGUAGACGUAAGACUCCUGUGUAAUUAGUACACUGUUAUAUUGUUUUUGGUGCAAUUGACUAAGAGGACAGUUUCUAGUCAAGUUUUCCAGGUAGACAAAACAAAAACAACAACUGGUCAGUCAUUAGGACAUCUGUAAUAAAUUUUAUUCUUGUGUGAAAUCAAUAUGGUCAAUAAUCAAUAACAUAAAUAAUAUACUUUUGUAUUUUUUUUCUAAUUCAUCUCGUUCUGUAUUGAUGUAUCUGUUAACUUUGAUUAUAGAUUUUGUGAUAAACUUGGCUAUGUGAGGAUGGAUGGGUGACGAUUAAAUGUGUAUACUUUUGACUGCUCAUUUUGUUAAUGGAUGCGUACGUGACACUCCAAAACUGCUUCCUGCGUACCAGCAGGAACCGGUAUCGUUACCGGGACAAUAUGUCGGAUGUAAUCAAUGUUUAGUCAUGGUUAUGAUUAAAACAUCAUAUUUAAAGAGACUAACACCUGUGAUUAUACAGGGCUGUAGUACAUCUUUGUGAGGAAGUAUUAUUUCAAAGAAUGUUAAUAAAUAUUUCUUAUGACGCCAUUAA